AUGUCCAUCGAUCAAACUUCAGUCUCUUUACCGCCCGACCUAAGACUGAUUUCUACUACAAAGCAUUCCGCAGGGGUUCCUUCGAUAUCUAAAACACGCGAUCGUUUAUACACCAAAAGUUGGGACGCGACCUAUCAAAAAAUCUCUGCUGUUGUCUUGGAACUACAGCGCGAUUUACUCGAUGAUUUGGUCACCUUUGUUCGUACCACGGUCCAUCACCCUCCAUCACUGAUCGGCAAACCCAUCCCAACUGCGCUUCUUGUUGGAUCAUCUCGAAUCUUGAAUGAAGCCGUGGGUAUAAAGAUUGGAGAAUUGACUGUAACCUCAGAAAGCUCUCAAUGUAUACCUGAAUCAAUUCCAGUCCAACUCGCCAGUCGAGCCUGUUUGACCUUUGGGUCAACGAUCAAGACUAUUGUUGCCAGCCUCGAAUCCAGCUUGAAACGCUUAUCUGCUAUUGCCGCGCUUGAAAUACAAACAAGGGCACUCCGCACUCAGCCUUGCCUGUCACGUGACGAUGUCGAUUGCAUACGUAGUCUCUAUGCAGCUAUAUGCGCAUUGACAGGUUCCAAGCCAAAGAUUGUCUUUAUCGUCGAGGACUUCGAAGCCUUUAACUCGGCUGUAUUUGAAGAACUUGUCCUUGUGCUUAGCGGUUUGUUAGGAACAAUACCAGUGAUGAUGGUCUUGUCUCUCACCACUUCAGUAGAUGCAUUGCACUCGUUACUUCAUCGUACAUUGAUCGUUCGAUUACAAGUCACCCCCUUUGCGGUUCAUAUGGGAGACCAAGGGAUCAAUUUACUAAUUCAAAAUCUGAUUUUCAAUCCGGAGAUGGAGUUUGAUCUUUCACCCGGGGUGAUUCGAAGUCUUUUCCUUGCACAUGAACAACUCAAUAACUCAAUCGAUAAUGUGAUCUCAAAACUUCAAUUUAUUCAUCUUUCUUACUUUCAUACAAAUCCAUUGGUAGCUUUUUUUGAUGCUGCUCAAUCACGAAUCUUGGAAGCAGAAGAAUACUCGGAUCUGAUUGAUGGCGAUUUAAGUUUCAUUGGUCGUCAACUUAGUUUGACUUCAUCAUGGCAAACAAAGCUUCAAAACAUUCAGCAUGACCUUUCAUUGGGAAAAUCCACUUCACUCACCAUGUCAGAAACAGACCCAAGCUCGGUUAUAGAUCCAAGCCCGGAGUCGAUGCUCUCAGCUCUGGUCACUUCUUAUCGUGAACGGUCUAGUCGAAUUUUGGCUAGUGCUCGUGCUUUUGAACUCCUUCGAACGCUUGCUGCUCAUUGGCCUGAAAAGGAACGUACCACUGAGUGGUUACUUUAUCAUCUUUACCAAGCUCAAUUACGCGAUUAUAGUGCCGAAUUAUGUAGACUUCUCAGGCAUAGUAAUGACGAUUCAGUCUCAAAACUUAUCCCUAGUCUCUUGGCCCAUCUCGAAGGCUCGAAUGAAGAGACAGAACCAUACCUUUCACUUCUUAAUCUUUUAUCCUCUUUGGCUGAUGUUGUCAAUCAUGGCAUCCGUGGUGAAGCUCGUGCACAUCUUGUGAAUACACAUGAACCUCAUAUGGGGAUCACCUCACUUGUUGAAGCUGAUCGAAGCUUUUCACGACUUUUAGGAGAGAUUUCGGAAUCUCUUUCAAGCUUCUUCAAAUCUAGCUUUGGAUCCACUGCUCGUGUAAUUAUGAGAGAGGCUUGGACGUUUGAUGAUGAGCGGUUAUUGAAAGAGGUCUUUCAUCCUUCAUAUGGUGAAAGUUUGAUAAAAGAUUUAGAAAAUCAUCCAGAUCUAGAGAUUGGUAGAUUAUAUGAAUUAUAUAAAGAAUCAGGAGGUAGAAGAAUCAAUUUAGCAGAUUGGAUUGGGGCAUUUGGUGAUGGACCUACUAAUCCUUCUGGCAAAAGUAAAGGAAAAGGAAAAGGAAAAGGGGUUCAAAAGAGAAGAAAAACCGAGGCACGCUUUUUGAGAGGAGUUGGUGGGUUAGGGUUUAUGGGAUUUGUGGGAAUUGAGAAAAGGAAAGCUGAACAUGUGGCUAGGAUGGUUUGGUGAUUUCAGUUUAAAAAAAAAGUAUU